GUAGAUUAAGCCGUGGUAGCGUUAACUGCUCUUCGGUCGCCAGCUUGGUAGAAUGUGAAAGUGAGAAGUUAUAGUGUUAAUAGUGUUACUUACCGAGACCAUUUGAAUGUGGUAAUGACGAUGAAUUUGUGAGACUUGUAAGACGUCAGUGUUAAUCAUUCGACUUGGAUUCAUCAAUUCCAAGUAAAGGUUGUUCGACCGACAACGCAUCGGGUAUAGGGCCGUUAAAAUCAUGCAUCACAACACGAAUCCCAUUCGAAUCAGCACCACGUGAGAAGGAAAAGAACACUGAAUAAAGAGAGAGGGAGAGAGAGGUAGACGAGAUAAAGGAACGAGGAGAAAGAAGGGGAAAACAGAAGAAAGAGACCGACCUAAAACAGAGAGUUCAAGACCUAAAAGCUGAAACGUCGAAAGGAGUUGCAAACGGACCGAAGAAAAUUCUCAUUUGUGUCGGGGGAGUCGUGGUGGCGGUGAUGUUGGUGACGGUGGAGGAGGAGGAGAAGUGGUGAUGGUGUUGGAGAGAAUGAUGGAGAUUGCGACGAUGAUGGUGGUGAUGUUGGUGAUGUCAGCGAGGGGCGGAGUGGACUGGCGCGCCGAGAUCGAGAGCGAAAUCCUGGAGAAGUCCUCCUCCUCCUCCUCCUCCUGCAGCUUUCCAGCCACGUCCUAAGGACACUAUGAGAGCAGCGCCGCGGUCGUCGUCCUCUUGUGCAUUUUUCGUCUAUUCGUGAGGGUUUUUUCUCCCCCGUUUCAUUAUUGUCAUCAUUAUUAUUAUUAUUGUUGUUAUUAUUAACUCCGGAGAGAAGAGAGGAAUUCGGCCUUCUUUUUUUUUUCUUCCUAGAUGUUACGUACGUAUGGAUGUCUAUGAUUUGUAGUCGGAAGUCAACCUCGAAUCUUGGUGCUAUUAGUGAUAAAUCUUGUAUCUAUAGAAUUGAAUAGUUUUUAGUGUUUUUUAUGUGAUAUCAUUAUUUGUAAGAAGUCUGUAACGAGUCACACUUGCGUAGUUCGAAGGGAAGUCGUAUCAUGGCCGGUUCAGUUGCACACAACGACAGAUAAGAGAACGACGGAGGUUUUGAGGAAUUAGGCGAGCGGAAAAGAAAUACUCUCUGGAGAGAUGGUCUUUUGGACACCGUAGUAUCAAAGGUUUUCCCGAAUCAAGAUAAUAUCAGUCGCAGACUUUUGAAGUGUUUUGAGGAGUUUGUUGGUGAAGAUGGUAACUAUCAAGAACACAGUCAUUAGUUAACCUCUGUGAAUGUUAGAAAAUAUACGCAUUUUGUGUUGGUGUUGAAAUUUGUGAAAUUGUAUGCUUAACAACCGCACAAUUUAUCGAUUUCACUGACGAAAAAUCUGUGAAGGAAUUUAUGAAAAUAUCACUUGGGUUAUAAAACACAAUGCACAAAAUCAGUGUCGUUCACAAGCACUAUUAGAAAAAAUUUUCAGUCACGAAUUUCAGCCCUUCGGAAAGAGGGGUCGGGAAACAUAUAAGCGAACGAACAGCAGAAGAAUCAUUUUCUGUAGAACGUCCCUCCAAUAAAAAGGGAUCAAUAUAUCACACAAAAUCAUUUUUUUUAUUGUAUAGAACAUAAAUCAAAACUUGACGCGAAAAUGCGCGAGUUCAAAGUGGUGGUGCUGGGUUCGGGAGGCGUGGGCAAGAGCGCCCUGACGGUGCAGUUCGUGUCCGGUUGCUUCAUGGAGAAGUACGACCCCACCAUCGAGGACUUCUACCGGAAGGAGAUCGAGGUGGACGCGUCGCCGUGCGUCCUGGAAAUCCUGGACACGGCUGGAACGGAGCAGUUCGCCUCCAUGAGGGACCUCUACAUCCGCAACGGGCAGGGCUUCGUCGUCGUCUACUCCCUGACCAACCACCAGACCUUCCAGGACAUCAAGGGCAUGAAGGAGCAGAUCACCAGGGUCAAGGGCACUGAUCGCGUGCCCAUUCUUCUAGUGGCCAAUAAGGUGGACCUCGACCACCAGCGGGGCGCGGAGGUGGGUGACGUCGGUACGGCAUGGGCCGGCCCUCUGGCCGCAACAUGUGUGUGGGGCUGCCCGUUCAUCGAGGCCUCCGCCAAGAACAGGUGUAACGUGAACGAAGUCUUCGCGGAGAUCGUCAGAGAGAUGAACGUCAACCCCGGGAAGAAGGAGGCCAACUACUGCUGUUGUGUUCUCCUCUAACACAAAAUAGCUGUUGAUCUUAGGCUUUUCAAAGAUCAAAUAUUCUCUGCUAUGGAAGGAGCAUUUGAGCAGGCCCUCUCUACCAGUGAAGACAUUCCUUUUUGGACCUCUGGCUUGAAAUAAAGACUGGAUUUCUUCUGAGCAAGAUACACAAGCUGGAUUUGGCACACACUCCUUAUCUGGGAGAGGAUGAAGAAAAUUAAAUACCUCAUUGUAAUUUUUUGCCUCAUUAGAGUACUGAAAACUCAACCAGCAACCAUGAACCCACUGAUAACAAACAAGACAUUGCAACGUUCGACCGUUGAAAGUCAUCCAUUUUACAAGUUUUCAACGACCAUCCGUCAAAGACAGAGACUGGUUUUUACAGCACCUUUGAGAUGGCGGAAGAUUUCCAGAAACCCCAGAUGACUAGAAGAUACAAGUCUCUGGUGAUACCAUGUCAUUAUUGUUAAUGUUCAGAGACCAUUAGUAAAGUAAUCAUUGCUGUUUAGCUAUUUCUUAAGACCAAUAUUACCUACUGUGUGAGCAAUAUCUUAUCAGCUAUAGCUUUUUGUGACUUCUCAUUGUUGCCUAUAUGCAAAUCUGAAUACUGUAUAUAGAGUGGGAGGUAUGGUAGGCGAGUGGUGCCAUGUGGUCUCUGUUAAUGACAAGAAAAGUGAAUGACCUUUUCAUGGUUGGUAAAACCUGGCAGGUAAUUUCUAAAGUCUUGUUUUUUGAAACUAGAUGAAAUCAUUUUUUUGCAAGGGAUCAGUGAAAACCACAAAAUAAAUAGUAUCUUCAUUGGAUGACACUGGAGGAAUUUCAAAUGUUUAGUUAUGUCUGGGUUAGCAUUAACAUCAUGAGUGGUGUGGUGUAAGGUCUAACACUAUGUGCUAUCUAUGUGCAUCUGGGGAUAUUUAAUGGAAGGGUUCUAUUUCACCUACAAUUGACAUUUGGAAACACAUGAUUUUAGGAAUUACUGGAAAGAAUAGCUUUGUUUGUUGGAAGUUAUUGUGCAAUACUAUUUACAAGAAUAAUGGCCAAGUGCUAUGAAGUGGACUAACAUCAUUGCAUUUUUUUUCUUAUGAUUCCACUUUGGAAUAAUGAAGGUGAUAAACACUUGUCUGAACUGGCUUGAGGGACCUACUGUAUUGGGGGAUGACGGCAUUUUGGACGUCCGCUAUGGAUCUUGUAAGGGAUCUAUCAUUCAAGACUUAGCCUUACACAGGUACUAAUCGAGGAGUCCACCUAGACAUGUGAUUAUGCGCUUCCUCUCACGCUGCUCUGUACAUAAUUAUCAUGUGCUAGUAACACUGCUUAGUUUGGAUGCAAUAGUAUGUUUCUUCAUGAUAAGUUUAUUGUAAUGACAUUCAAUGUAUAUAACAUUAUCCAGCACAAAGGAUUUUAGAUAUCAUUGUCUCCGUAUAUGUAGCCACCAUAACAGUCAAUAGCCAAGGGAAGGCCUUAGUUCUUCAGUUUUGUACUUUUUCAGUGUUUUUUGUUACUUUUUCAAACAUGUUUCCUUCUUUACUUUGGACAGUAUUGUCAUAAUAUUUUUCCAGUUAUUGCUUGUUCCUGAGUUGUAUGUACUGUAUAGUUUCUUGUAUUUUUUUUUUUCUUUCUUUUUUGUGAUUUGGAGGAGUUAAAAAUACACAAGUGAAUAGAACAGGUUUGAAAAAGUGUUUGAAGAUCUUUACAACUAUUAAUUGAAAGUUAAGUAUUACUCCUGUAUACUGUAUGUAUUAACUGUGAGGCAUUUAUAGCUAUUGAGGAAUUCAGGAUUUGUCUUGGUGGUAAUAACCAAAGUAUUGUUGAAUGUGGUUUUAUGGUGGAGAAGAAUGUAUAAUUAUUGCCACUGUAGAUGAGAACAAGAAAAUAUUUGAAAUCCCAUUUCAUUUGAAGGAGCACACAUUCAUGGCAUUGUUCUGUUGUACUGUAAAGCUUUCUCUCAUGUUUGAUUUUGUGCAUAUACCUUAAGUCCUCCAUGGGACACAUCCUCUUUAGUAUUUUCAUUCAUGUUGUAAGAGGGACUGCUUUCGUCUUUACAUCGUUUGUUUUGCCCUUAAAAGUGGUUUUGUAUUCUUCCCAUAGUAGGGAGGUAGGCCUGUAAAUUGACAAUUUCCACCUGUUGGUCUCCUCUUAUUGUUUCUGCUAGUGUUCAAGAAGUGUCUUUUUAUGGUUCAGGGCUGGCACUUGGGGGUCUUUUAGAUCAUUUUUUUGUUUUUGUCUGUAAGGAUAAAAGGGGUUUAACUAUUUUUGUAUUCCAAAUUUAAGGUGCCACAGUGUUUUAUUUUAAUGACUUGGUCAUUUCGGGAACUGUAGCUUUUAAAAUUACUUCUUAAACCUCCUGUGUUCCUUGUGCAUUUCCUGUAAGAAAUAUCGGGCAUACAUUAACCAGGUUUUCUUAGUUUCCAGGAAAAAAUCUAUAAAAAUUGUCAAAAUGAAUUAAUAUAGUAUCCACAUCAUCAGGGUAAGAGGAGACAGCAUUUUGGGUGGCUCGGUUUAAUUGGGAUGGGAGGUAGGAUGGUUAUUCAUUCAUCAUACAUUAGAUGGUACACAUUUAUCCUUUUACAGUCAAAAAGUUUCUACACAAAAACUGUUGCAAUUGUAGGAAGAAUUUAAAUUAAUGUUACCUUUGCAGUAUGAUGUUUAAGGUUUGAUACAAGUGCAUUAUAUCUUAUAAGAGUUUUAUUUUUUAUCAUAUAAAAGUAGGUAUUGUAAUAUGUAAGCACAUGAAAUUAACUAUUGAACAUGCAUAUACAUAACUAAUAAAUUUUGACACUGUCAUCAUUCAUUUAUUGAGAGGCAAGCCAGUUUUAAUGAAGUGGGCAAAAUGUUUGAAGGUGUGCAUUUUGUAUGUGUGAAAUGCCCAGUACAGCACAAGUUUCAUUAGGAUAUGUGAGUAAUACAACUAAACAUAUUGUGUUUUAUGUGGACAUUAAGAAAUUACUGUAAUUCCAACUGUAAUUGCAAUUGGUUAGGGUAGGAAUGGCUGUUAAAUUUUUUUCUUUUCUGUAAGCAGGACCUUGUUGGGGUUUAACUUUGGUAGGUCAGGUUAGGAUUUAUGUUUUAAUGGCAUGGAAAAGGCCAGUUUGUAUAUAGUUGUUCUUACUACGUAUUUGGAUUCUGUAAAAUAUGAAAGUAAUAAAAAUUCAAAGGUUCCCCAUAUUGUAAAUGGUUUUGCAGGAUUGUCUACUCUACCCUAACUUAGUUAGGUCUCUCAUACACCAGGGGAGCAAAAAUCAAAGUUGAUUUAAAAGUUUGUGUAUUUCAUUUUAUAUUACAUGUCCAUCUGAUUGGAGCAAACAUCCUUUAUUUUAUUUUUUUUUUAACAUCUUCAAGGGAGGAAGGUGUGCAAAGCAUAGCUGUUAUUGACUUAGCCUUCCAUCUUCAGACUUAGUUUUUAAGGAUUUUAUUCCAGCCAAGUCAUGAACAACCAUCAUUUCCAAUAUCGUUCGUCAAGGUUAUGGUAAAAUCCAUAGUCCAAAGUCCAUGCAUCUCUGUAUUUAAAAAUGUACAGUAUUUAUAAAUUGUUACAUAUAUUGCACAAGCUGUAGGGAAAAUUGUGUGGAUGAAAACCAUUUGCCUUUCUGAUGACAUUCCUAAUAAACCACCCACCAGCUGAAUGCCUUGUCUGUCUGCCUCUCAUGAACAUUUGCCCCCCUUUGGUGUCUGCCUGACCUACAACCCUGUUUUGGAAGGAACCAUGAGGUUGGCAGCACACCACACUAUUAUUUAGCAUCUACACCAUCAUAUAUUGCGUCUGUAAUGCUCAUAUCAUUUGAAUUAAAACCUAUUCGAAUGAAUGUAUAAUUAAUUUGUUAUAAAAUAAAUGUAUUUUUAAAUAUGUUGAAUACC